GGAAAAACAUAACAAGCCAGAGAUUUAAACGAACCUAUAAAUUGGUAUAUGCAUACGAAUUGUAAAUAAAGCAUGCAAAAGACCAGCGAAGAGGAUGUGGCGCAAGUUAGCCCGAUGGCAGCUAAGCAGCAAACUAGUCCGGAUGAUGCUGGCGGCGGCAGUGCUGGCGCCAAUUGUAUUGUUGUAAAUGCAGCGCUCGGAGCGACAGAGACACGCAUACGAAUCAAUAAAUGGCGCGUACGCGAAGGACAAAACGUUUCGGCAACGCAAAUAGUGUUUCUGUAUCAACAAAUCGGUGACGAUGGCAAACCUAUUAAAGUGGGCGACACCACUAUACAUAAAUAUAAAUCCAAUCGAGCUGGUGUGGUUAAAAAGCGGCUCCGCAAGGAGGGAGAACUUGUACAGAAAGGAGAUGCGCUUAUGGAAUUGUCCGCAUGCAUACACACCACGGUCAUUAAGGAUAUGUGCGCCGAUUGCGGUGCCGACUUGAGACAAAAUGAUAACGGACAAAUAUCAGAGGCUUCAGUGCCCAUGGUGCAUACGAUGCCCGAUUUGAAGGUGACACAGAAGCUAGCCCAAAAGCUAGGACAUGAUGAUACACGUCGCUUGCUGGCAGAUCGAAAGCUGGUGCUGCUGGUGGAUCUCGAUCAGACUGUCAUACACACAACAAACGAUAGUGUGCCGGAUAACAUCAAAGGCAUCUAUCAUUUUCAGUUGUAUGGGCCACAAUCACCCUGGUAUCAUACACGCCUGCGUCCAGGCACUGCAGAGUUCCUGGAGCGCAUGUCAAAAUUGUAUGAGCUGCAUAUAUGUACAUUUGGCGCUCGAAAUUAUGCGCACAUGAUUGCACAAUUACUUGAUCCGGAUGGCAAAUUCUUUUCACAUCGCAUUCUCUCACGUGAUGAGUGCUUCAAUGCCACCAGCAAGACAGAUAAUCUAAAGGCGCUUUUUCCCAAUGGCGACUCUAUGGUGUGCAUUAUUGAUGAUCGCGAGGAUGUUUGGAACAUGGCAUCCAAUUUGAUACAAGUGAAGCCGUAUCACUUCUUCCAGCACACGGGUGACAUCAAUGCGCCGCCGGGCUUAUCAAAGCAUGAACUAGAUGGCGAAGGCGUUGAUUUUAAAGAAAUUGAUAAAAUUGCUGAAAAGAAAACAGACAGCGUCACACCUGCCAAGGAGUCAGCAAAGUCAGAAACCGAGCCAGCGGACAAAGAAGACAAUACAGUUUCUAGCACUAGCAAAGAAGAUGGGCCAGAGGAAUUGCCAAGUGAAUCACUAACGUCAGAAAGCAAUCAGGACAAGGAGAGCGCUGAUAAAUUGAAUGGUCGAGUAGCUGGCGAUAAUGAAACAGAGCCAAAGAGCAAUGAGAGCGAAGACAUUGUUGUUGAUGAUGCUCCCACAGAAAAUGAAAAACUGAGCAACAGCGUAGAUAAACUGACGCUUCAAAAGGAGCAGGAUGAAGCCAUUGCAUCUUCCACGAGUAGCGAGGACAAGUCUGAGGCCGAUGCUACAAAAGCUAGUGAUGAUGUAGCUUCCACUUCACAAAUCCCAUGCCCAAAUAUUAAAAUCAUCCCCGACGGACAAAAGCUAAUUGAGAUUGAAGAUCCUGAUGACUACUUGUUGUACUUGGAGGUCAUUUUGCGCAACAUACAUAAGCGUUUCUACGCCAUUUAUGAUGAGACCACUGAAAUACCAGAUCUCAAAAUAAUUGUACCCAAAAUACGCUGCGAGGUGUUGCGUGGACAGCAACUGGUCUUUAGUGGUCUGGUGCCCACACAAAUGAAGCUGGAGCAGUCGCGUGCUUACUUCAUAGCCAAGAGCUUGGGCGCUGAGGUGCAGUCGAACAUUAGCAAGGACAUAACGCACUUGGUUGCGGUCAAUGCGGGCACUUACAAAGUAAAUGCAGCCAAAAAGGAGCCUAAUAUUACAGUGGUAAAUGCUAAUUGGUUAUGGACUUGCGCCGAGCGCUGGGAGCAUGUAGAUGAGCGGCUUUUUCCUUUGGAUCGCAAGGUGCGCAAUAAAGGCCGUCAGCCGCCAGCACAUUGCCAUAGUCCCGAACAUGUGGUAAACUAUAAUGAAAGAUCUGAGAUCUCGCCAUCAAGCAGCAUGCAGCAGCAGGAGCAAAGUGGCAACUUCCGCGAGACGCUUAAUCCGCUGCUAGUGUUUACUAAUGCGGACAUUGAGUCCAUGAAUAAGGAUUACGAAAACUUCUUUGAGUCAGAUUCAUCAAGUGAUGAGGGUCCUGUUAACUUUGAAAAUCCACCUAUGGAUAAGAAUUUGCUCAAACGCAAGCGCGAGGAUGACAAUUCAAAUCGUGCACAUGACUUUUUUACGCGCAACGAUGAUGUGAUGCUUGCCGCGCCCAACAGAGUCGAAGCGGAGUUUGAUAAAAGCUCCAAUGAGGGCGAUGAAAAUGAUGUUGAGGAUGAGCCCGAGGAUGAUGACGAUGAUGUGCCAAGUGCCAAGUUUAGGCGUGGAGAAGAACUGCCUUCGGACUUGGAAAUGGGCUCGGAUUCAAAUAGCGAAAAUAAUCAAGAAGAUGAGGAUGAUGGUGAAUGGAAUAUGAUGGGCGCUGCCUUGGAACGUGAAUUUCUCGGCCUGGAAGAUUAGUUUAACUCGAUGCCAGUCUGAACAUAUAGGCAUGCACUUUGGACAUUGCCAUGUACCUACGAAAGCUAGAGUAACCGUAACACUUAUGUAUAUGGUUUGGCUAAAGUUGAGCAUGUAAAGCAAUAAUCGUUUGUCGACAAAUGCAACUACUAUGUAAGAGAUUAUGUAUAAACAAAAAGGAGAGAUGCACUGUAUGUAUUAAUAGUUAAUAUAUUAUGUGCUAUUUUAAACUAAGUGUGUGCUACGCUUAUAAACUUUACUGUGGCAAAGCUAAAGCUCUGUCCCUACGACAAACAUUUAUUUGUAAAAUCAAAAAAAAAAAA